ACACUAGGCACUGGGCAAAUAUUUAGUGAAAAUACAAUCAUGCCCUCCCAAUUUCCUUGAUAACUUAACUUUACCAGUAGAAUCUAUGUCAAUUUACUCGCAACUGGUACGUCGAGACCCAAAAAACGGACCAGACCUUUAUUAUACUUGUAUGUAGUAAAAUACGUCGUGAACCAUUUUUGGGUCACACUUGUUUUAGAGGAAAAAAUUGUCCCUGUUAAUCUGUGAGCUUUUAAUAAUAAUCAAGCUUGAAAUUAUCCUCAACAACAUAUAUGCUUAUUUGCUAAAAUCAGGAAUCAGGGUAAAAGUCUUUAAACUAUUUAUUCGGAAUUUAUUUAAUUUACUUCGCACAUCCGGGUUGUCCACGUGUAAGCAUUCAUAUUAUUGUACGUGUAGUUGUGGGAUACUUUAAAAAAAAUUAUAUAAAUUGAUAUAUAUUAUUGUAUUUCAGAAUGACCACGGCGUGUGCAGAAGCCGACUGACCAUCAGCAUGUGUCCGGACACAUGUGGCGUGUGCUCCUCUGUCAACAGCACCGCCUGUGUUGACGUCACAGACUGCCAGAACCUCAUCCAGAACGACCCAGACUAUUGCAAAAGCCAGAAUGCAGUCUUACAGUGCUCCAAAGCCUGCAACCUUUGUGAAAAGCUCAUAGACUCGAUCCUCCUGAGCAUCCUCCAGACGAACACAGGAACCAAUCAACCAGCAGCUAUGACCACGCCCACAUCAGCUGUGAACUGUGAGGACUUGAACAACGUCACCUGUGACCACCUGGCCCCUAUGUGUAUCCAGACUUUCCUCAACGUUCUUUGUCCAGACCGGUGCAAUGCCUGCUUCUAGCACAAGAACAACUCAACGGCAGGAUCAUGAUUCCAUUUCUUACUCCCUAGGAAUCCAUGCAUUGUUGCUUUAAACAUUUCAAGAGUGAAAUCUAAAAAAGCUCAGGAUGGUGGGGUGGGGAGGGAGGAGAAAUAAAGCCUGCUUCUGCUCAAAAACAGCUGAAUGACAUGAUUAUAAUACAUGUAUUUCAUCUUU